AUGGAUUUUCAUUUGAAUAUAAUUUUCACAACGUUUCUGGUGGUUUUUGCUUUUGCCGGAAGUGAUUGGACGACGAAUUGUCCACCGCCUUGCAAGUGCAUAUGGUCCUACGGUAAAAAAACGGCAGAAUGUCAAGAUGCGGGUUUCAAUUCGGUUCCGAACACUUUAAGUCCCGAAUUACAAGUGAUAAAUAUAAAUAAUAAUAAUUUACACAUUCUUCCGAGUCAAGCAUUUAAAUCCGUUAAUUUAUUUAAUUUACAUAAAGUUUUUAUGAAAAAUUGUUCGAUCGAAUUGAUCGAUAAAAACGCAUUGUCCGGAAUGGUCGUCCUAAUAGAAAUCGAUUUAUCGAACAAUAAUAUAAAAAAUUUACACAGGGAUUUGUUUAGGGAAUGUGAAAAAGUACGAGAAGUUAGAUUUUCAAAUAAUCCGAUACAGAAAUUAGACGACGGUUUGUUUUCGAAUUUAGAAUUUUUACAAACUGUGGAUUUUACCGGAUGUAAACUACACGAAAUCGGUUCGCAAGUUUUUUGGAACGUUCCCGCGUUGACGACACUUGAAUUGAAAAGAAAUAAAUUCACGUAUUUGCAAUUGAGUUCCGUCGAACAUUUGCACAAGUUGAAAAAUUUCGGUCUCACAGACAAUCCGUGGAAUUGCAAUUGUAAAUUGAGACCUUUGAGAAAUUGGGUCAUACAAAGGAAUUUAUACGCGAUACCGACGAGUUGUAAAGAACCUUUACAAAUGAAAGACGUUCUGUGGAACGAAGUGAACGAUCCGAACGAAUUCGCAUGCAAACCCAAAAUAAUAUCGCUAACGAGAGAGCCUCACGGUAUCCUUGCAUGUUUGGUUGAAGGUGAUCCCAUGCCGACGGUCACGUGGAGUUUUAAUAAUAAAUUAGUUACGAAUUAUUCAUUUCUCGCAUCGGAUUUUGUCGUGCAAGAAUCCACGGUGAACGGUGAAUUAAAAUGGAGUAACUUGACGUUGAGAAACACGAGGGGUGGUAAAGACAACGGAGAGUAUAAAUGCGUUGCCAAAAGUUACGGCGGUUCGACGGAAUUAGGAAGAGAAGUUAAAUACGAUCCGUAUCUGGAUGGUGAUUCUUAUUACGGGUCUUCGGAUGGUACCUACGACAAUUGGUUGUUGCUUGCCGGAAGCAUAAUCGGCGCGCUGUUGUUGAUCGCCAUUGUUUUAUUUGUGAAAUGUUACGUUUGUAAAAGAUAUACGAGAAAGAAUAAUCGUAAUAAAAAAGACAAAGAAAGUGUCAACGGUAGCGUGACUCACGUUAUUGAUUCCGAAGAAAAAAAUUUAAUUAACGUUAUCAAUCCGUUGCAAAAACCACCGAGAACGGCAAACGCUUCGGCAAACAGUUCGGAAACGGAAUUUCACGAAUCUAACGUGUCACAAUACAACGAUAAAGGAUCCUCCGAUUGA